UUGUAGACCGCAGGGGAAUGUGGAAGAAAGGAAGUUACGAUGUUUCGGGCAAACAGGAGCAGCACGAUAGCAAUCGACUGAGUGUUGUCGUUCUAUCUGAUAAUCAUCACGGAGAAACUCUCAUUAAUGUCGAAAAGAGCGGACCGUCGAAUCGACUGAAAUGGUUUCCGGAAUUGCGAGAGAAUUUAUUGAUCCAACUGGUUGCCGCCUUGUUCCUGGUAAUCUUCGUUUUGAUUGGUGUCAUCAUAUGGUUAAGUGUGUCGAUCCACUUGAGCAAUCGCGACAGCCUCCGCACCAUUUCCACGGCCGUCGACUUAUUGACGGGCCAACAUGUCAAUACGAAACCGGAGCCGUGUUCUACGGAUGCACCGCAAACUGGUCAAAGCCGAGCCAUUCCAUGCGACACAUUAUUUAGAGCAACCUUUGAGUUCACAGAGCAUGGGUUAACGGUGGAUGAAGAAAGGGACUCGGGAAAAAGUUCUUCCGUGCCCAGCCAUCUGACCGGAACGACUACAAUAAGGUCCAUGACCAGGGAAAGUUUCUCUUUGAAAGGGACAAGUUAUCAGAUGAAAGGUUCCAGUUGCAACAAUUGCCAAAUUAUCUUGCAAAAGUCUCCGAUCAAUAAGACCGGUGAAAAUCUAAGGAUUGCGGAGGACGAAGACUCUGAAUCUGAAGAGGAGAUUUCAGACGAAAUCGAUGACGACGACGAUAUAGCGAAGGCAGUCGAAAUUAACUGAUGGAAUAUCCGUUCUCGUUCACUUAAAAAAAAUUGCCAAUCUUUGACGCCAAAACGGACGAUAAAAUCUGCUUCCACGAUAAUCACGUAACAGCUUAUUUCUUUGAAACAGUGUGUAAAGCUCAUUACAAACGAAAGAUUCAAUAAAUUGUAUUUAACCAUUUUA